AUGGCACCCAAGCCUGCUGAAACUAAGAUCUGCUUCAAAUACUACCAUGGCGUGAGUGGAGCCCUACGAGCUACCACCCCCAGUGUGACGGUCAAAAACUCGGAAGCUCCAAUUUUUAAAAGCAUUGGCUCUGACGAGACCACCCAAGGGCAAGGAAAUCGGAGGCUGAUCAGCUUUUCUCUCUCAGAUUUCCAGGCCUUGGGGUUGAAGAAAGGGAUGUUUUUCAACCCAGACCCUUAUCUAAAGAUUUCCAUCCAACCUGGCAAGCACAGCAUCUUCCCCGCCCUCCCCCACCAUGGACAGGAAAGGAGAUCCAGGAUCAUAGGCAACACCGUGAACCCCAUCUGGCAGGCUGAGCAAUUCAGUUUUGUGUCCUUGCCCACUGACGUACUGGAAAUCGAGGUGAAGGACAAGUUUGCCAAGAGCCGCCCCAUCAUCAAGCGCUUCCUGGGAAAGCUGUCAAUGCCGGUCCAGAGACUCCUGGAGAGACACGCCAUAGGGUAAACCUGUGACUGAGAUCUCAUG